AUGUUCAUACCACAAGUAAAGUCAGAAGUAGGAAAGAGAACCAGAGAACUCUCUGGAAACUGGUUUGGUCAGCCGAGAUCAUUUAAAAUGACUGACCCCCUGACCUCCUGGGUGGUGAUCUCGGUGCUGGUGUCCCCAGCUGCGUGUGACCUGGUGGGGCACGCCGGUGUUCCGAUGCAAGGGACGCAACACGCGAGUUGCAGGAAGCUUCGGGAGUCAGCCGCGGUGCCGGCGGCAGAGGCUAGCAGAGAGCCCAAUCCAGAACAAAGCAAAGAUGGCUUUUCAGAGCAGCCAAAGCGAGGCCAGCGGCGGGCGUCAGGACUAGGCGAGGCGGGAGGCUGCUGCCCUGAGGCUGGGGGGCGCGACGAAAGCAGGCAGAGGAGGAGAAUGGUGACCCGGGCGUCUGGAAGAGAAGAGGUGGAGAGUGGCAAGUCGGGUGAGGCGUUCAGGGCGGGGAAGGCCGCGAGGCAGCCAGCGGAAGGGCCUCGGGGCCAGGUGGGCUCGUUGGUCUCGUCAGAGCAGCCAGGCAUGCUAGCGGCGAGGGAGGUGGAGCUCCUCUUGCAAUCGGGAAGACACACCAAGGAAAAAAGAAAAGUUACUGAAGCCUCAAGUGAUGAUCCACAGUCAGGGAUUGACCUGGUAAGAAAUGAAUCAUUAACCAGUUCAGAAUCUUUCUAGACAGUGGAGUGCAGUGAAUUUCAAAAUAUGGCUUUUUUGCAGUCUUUGGGUAAGGAAGGUUUGGUAGAAGGUAUUAAAAGAAGAAUUUAAAUUAAAAAAUGUAAAAGCUUAGAAAGUCCACCUCUCAAAAUAACUUAAAAUGAGGCUGCACAAAAUAGUAAGAUUUAAUUCCAAGAUGAACUGUACAAGAAUACUCCAGAAUAUUCUUGUAACAGCUUGUCACCUGGAGUAGAAAAUAAUUCCAUUUUUAAAUUACAUGAUUGCUAUUGUUUCCCCCAUUCCAAGGGUUGUAAUGAUGAAAACAACCUGGCAUAUAAGCCUGAUGGUGGAUGUAUGCAUGUAGCAGAAAAUUCCUCGAAGUUAAAGAAAGAAAACCGUAGGAGUCUUGCAGAGAAGAGUGACACAAAUGGUAUUCCUCAGCUCUUACAAACUGAAGAAAAUGUAAUGGGAGUAAAUAAGUUACUACUAGAAGAAAGUAAUGUAUGCCAUAGUAAAAAUAAUGACUUGCUCUCCUGCCUUCAAAAUGAAAAAAAUAAGUAUUCAAUAGAGGAGAGCAGUGUUCGGAGAAAACUCAGAAAAAGGAUAAAGUUGUCUGAAAAAGGAGACGAAACUGUUAUUAUUGAGAUGAACUUCUCUAAUGUGUAUAACAAAUCUGAGCUGGUGUUGCAAGAAAACCAAAUGGGUGCCAAGGGUAAGGAAGCAGAGACGUUAGAAACUAAAAAAAGUUCUUUAAAUGUUUUGAAAAAUCAUACUACACUCUCUCCACUGGAUCAUUCAUUAAGUUUCCCAAAAACAGCAGGAAAAAAACUAAGUCAUGUACAUCGUGGAAAUGCUAUGCUUCAGAAAACCUUUGAGCCUCUUUUGAAAGAAGAAACAAAGAAUGCUUCAGAGCCCUUAGAAUGUAAAAGCAUGGAGCCAGAAGAGUAUUUUAAGUCAACGAAAAGCUCCAUAGGGAAAUCACCAAAUGAUUACCACGAUGUUGGAAAGAGAUCAUCACCAGAAGACUUAAGAAAUGAAGCUGAAGAAUCAAAGUUAAACUGUCAGAGAACAAUACCAAUGACUGGUAAAAGAACUUGGCCUUAUUAUUCAUGUGCUAGGGUAUCUGCCCAGUGUUGGAAAAAGGCUUCCUUGCCAGAAUCAAAUUGUUUUCUUUCUGGAUCUCAGGAAUAUCUUAGGCAAGAUGAUUUACUUAAACACCAAACAAACCAGACACACCUAAUUGACUCCAAAUUAUUAUUACAAAGUCCCUUAACAGUAGCAAACAUGGAAUCUUCAAGUAAAGAAAAAUUGGAUUCUAAUUUAAAUAGUUUGUCUUCUGUUUCUACAAUAGAACCCACUUUAAUGGCCAUAAAAGAACCUAUAAUCAAGGAUGAUAAAAAGAUAAAGUCAGAGGAACCAAGCAGAAGUAGGUCAGAGGUAAUUUCUAAUACUACUGAAGACACUCCGGUAACUAAUGUGACUCAAAGCUUAACAGGAAGUAAAAAAAAACAUAGAGGAAAUUUAACAAAACUUUAUUUGACAGUGGCUUCCCAAGAUGGUCAGGAAGCAAACAAUUCUACAGGCAAAACUAUUCAUCAAAGAGCAUGCUUUGCUAAACAGACGCAUGUGGUUCCAGACUUGGUUAAAAUAUUGAACACAGGACGGCUGACUAAUUUUAAGAUUCCUUUACUUAAGAAUAAGACAGAAAAAAGCAAAGUUAAUGCCAAGUCAUCAGAGAGAGACGUGUACAGUCCCUUAGAACUUCUGGACAGUUUGUCUGGAACAGAGGUAAGACAGAAUAGGGAUAAAGAAAAUGUUCAUCUGGUAACUUCAGGACCUCAGUCUUUAAGCAUACAAAAUAGUGCAACUCCAGUGCAAGCUAGUAGUAUUUCUCCAAGAUUUACAAAGCAGGGUAAUGAUAAUAAGCCAUCUAAUCAUAUCUCUGAACCAGGCAAUAUUGUUUCUAUUAAGGAACCUGUUUCUGUCGCAAUUGAAAGUAAUACUUUUACUUGUGAUCCUGGGUGUAUAGAGAAAAGUCCUUUCUUCUGCUCUAAUGAAAAAGAAACAUUCAAACCAAUUUCCACUGAAAUUAGUGGUAGAAAAAUGACUAAGAAUUUUUCAGAAAUCAAAGUGGAGCUUCCGCUUCCAGAUAUUCUUAAAGCUUAUGAAGAUGAUGUCCUCUUAAUUGAUGUAAUUCAAGAUGACCCAGACCUAUUUGGAGUCUCCAGUGAAGGGGAGGCCUCAUUUACUUCAAAGGUCCCCAUGAUAAGCCAGGAGUCCAAUGUUGCUGAAGAGCACCAGUCAACAGACUACAAGAACAUGGAACCUCCAGAAAAAAAAGAACCAAGCGAUGACUUGAGAGAACUUCCUGUACUGGGCCCUGGAUUGAUGAAGUCAGAGAUCUGUGCUUCCUUGCCAGCAGCAAGUGAGAUAAAACAUGAUUCCAGAGAUGCACACAUUUCCUUUGAAGAAGUUACUAAUGAGACUCCUGAGAAUGAAAAACCAAGAGACUUCAGUGAGCAAAUAAAAGGUUCAGACCCGAAUGAAAAGUGUAGAUUUUCAGACAAUGUGACUAUUAAAGAAGAGAAAGAAAAUAUUUAUGAAGUUUACAAAAGCAAAGAUUCUAGAAACGUAGACAUUAUGGUUGAUGAAUGUCAGUUAGCAGCACUGAUCCCAAAACCUCCAUACUUAUUAGUGCCUCCUCUGAAUCUAAGUGUUCAUCAAGAAGACACAAUACUGAAGCCCUGGAUGAAUGAUCUCAGAAUUCCAGGAAAACAUUCUGUCCUAAAGCUGCAGAAUCCUGAAACUUGUGAAAUAUUUAAGAGGGAAAAAAAUGUGGGGGUGUUCCAAAAGCCCUUAGGGUUGAUGAUACCCCAUAGAUACUGCAAAUUUCAUUUUAAUACAUUACGAGGCUGUGAGCGAUCACCAUGCAAGUUUGCUCAUGUUCCUGAGCAAGGGGAUGAAAAGGUUUGCAUGGAUGUGUUUAAGAAAUAUAUAAGUAUCAAUGAGCUAUGUUUACUACAACGUGCAGUGAACAUAUUUUUGGAAUACUACAGAAAGUUUCCCCCAGGUUUGCACUUUGAUUUACAAGUGCUAAAUAACCUUCUAAAUUCUUUACUCAAACAUUGUUUAUUGAAAGAAGUAUUUCAGGUAUUGAACCUCAGCAUAAUGGUUAAAAUACUGCCUUCUCUGAAAAUACUGUUAAACAUAUUCGAGCAUGUAGCAACUAUGAAAUUAAGGAAUGCUGUGCCUGCUUUAAUUGAUAUCUUUUACAAGCUUGUUAAAGCUGGGAUGGUGCUUGACCCAGAACACCUUAAUUAUAUUGUUAAGCUCUUAUGCCAAGUACAGGCAUCCAAACAACAAGUAACUGCAGUUCUGGAAAUGAAAUCCAGGUGA